AUGGAAGAAAUAGAAACGGAAGAAACAAAUAAGAAAUUAAAAACGGAAGAUUAUAGAAUAAAAGAAAGCUUCAAACAGAAAUAUGAUGACAUGGAAAGAAUGAGAGAUAAAAAACCAAUAAAGGAAAUGACCAAUGAAGAAUUUCUGAGACAAUUCAAAAAUUUACCAGAAAUAAAAGAAUUGAAGGAACUACUUUUAAAAUAUAAGGGGAUAUUUGCAGUAUCAGAAGAAGAUAUGGAACAAAUACCACGAGAAAUAGCAGAAUUUUCAAUACCAUUAAAAGAAGGAAUGCAGCCCAAAGACAUGGAUAUAAACCCAGAAGAAAAGAAAGAUAUAAAAAUACAAGAAUCACUUAAAAAAUGGCUAACGAAUCAGAUGAAAGCAGGAUAUAUACAAAAGGUAGAAAAAGGAGGAAUUGUAGAACGCGUAGAAUUCGCAUGUAAUCUCAUAACUGUAGAAAAGAAAGGAAAAGACGAACUAAGACAUUGUCAAAACAUGACUAGGCUCAAUGAAUGCACAAUAGAUAGAUCACAAAGGAUAGGAUUUCUAGAAAUGCAAUUAAAAAAUGCGGUAGGAUACAAAUACUAUUCGACAAUGGAUAUAAGAAUGGGAUUCAAUAACAUAGGAAUAAAGCCGGAAGACAUAUAUAAAACAGCAUUCAAAUGUAUAUAUGGAAUAUAUGUACAAUUGGUCAUGGGAUUCGGAUAUAAGGACGCACCAACAGAAUUCCAAGAAACUAUGGAAAGAAUAUUCAGAGAAAUAAUAUUUGAAGAUUGGAUAUCGAUCUACAUGGACGAUAUACUAAUAAAAACAAAUUCAACCAGAGAAAUGUUACAAAAUUUAGAAAAAGUAUUUAGACUAAUGGUAAAAGGAAAAAUUAAAGCAGAUCCAUCAAAAUGCGAAUUUAUGAAAAGAGAGGUAAAAAUUUUAGGAAAAUUAGUAUCAGAAAAAGGAAUGAGAAUACCAGAUGCUUAUUUAAAAGCCUUAGAAGACUGGAAAUGGCCAGAAGGAUUAGAAAGUUAUAACGGAAGAAUAACAUGGAUGAUGGAUUUUGUCCAAGAUGCACAGGAAGAUAUGUCAAUAAUACGAAGAGUCAUAAAUGAGGAAAAAACAGGACCUGUAGAUUACAAGGAACCAAAAAAGGCAUUUGAACGACUUAAAGAAAAGAUAAGAAAAAGAGUCAUAUUAGGAAAAGCAGACUAUACAAAGAUAAUGAAGUUAUCUUGCGAUGCAAGCGAUAAUGCACUAGGAGCAGUCUUAUAUCAAGAUAAGGAGGAAAAUGAUGAAAAAGAAAAAAAAAUAACGAGAAAGGAAAUAUUGGGAUUCUAUUCAAGAUCAUUUAAUAACUUACAAAAAGGAUAUUCAAUUCCAAGAAAAGAAUUAAUGGCUAUAAAUGAAGGAAUAGAACACUUUUAUGCAGAUCUUAGAAUAUCUAAAGAAGUGCAAAUUCUAACAGAUAGCGCAAUUGCAUAUAAACUACAUAAAAAUAUAACAAAAGGAAAAAUAACGAAAUCGCCAAAGUUUUUGCCAUUAUUAAUAGAACACAUAGAAUUAUCUAAGCAGAUAAUCUGGAUCAGUAGAGAUAAAAAUAAAUGGUCAGAUCUCAUGACACGAAUAGGACAAGAAGAUAAGAAGAAAUUUGAAAAUGAACAAAUUGAUAAGAUAAUAAACAAGGAAAAACUAGAAAUAGAUCAAGUACAAGAUACGGAAUUAUACCCAGGAGGAAAAAAGAUUGAAAAUCCAGGACAGGAAGAAAAGAAAAGAAAGAUGAUGAAAGAAUAUAAUAAACUCCGGAAGGAAAUAAUUGAACAAAAUACUGAGGAAAUAAAAGAAGAAUUCGAAAAACUAAUUAGACUUAAUCGAGAAAUCAGAGAAGUAAACGAGGAAGAAUCAAAUUACGAAAAGAAAAUCGAAAAAAUAGGAAAUCUGAGGAAACAGAAGAAUCUAAUCAAAAAAGAAAUUGUGAGAAUAUCUGAAUCAAGAAAAUUAAAUAGAGAAAUAAUAUAUAAAGAAUUAGAAAAUGGAACAAACCAAUCAAAACCAAGAAUUCAAUCAAAAUGUUCAGGAAAAUCAACAAAUCACGUUUCAACCCGAAGAAUACGAAGAAAUGAAGAAAAACCUCGAAAAGAAGUAAAUCAACAAAUCAUGGAACUAAUGAACCAACAGGAUCGAUUGAUUUAUGAAUUAAGAGAAUUAGAAAACGAGAUUACUGGAAAAGAGCUUCAAAAAGGAAAAGAAAAAAGACGAGAAGAAGUUCGGGCAGAAACCUCUAAAAGAGAACCAUCACCGGGAGAAAUAUGGACUAAAAGAUAUGAAGAAAGGAAUCAAAUCGCAACAAAUAAUACAUACAGAGAAAGUAGAAGACCGAUCCAAUACGAAAAUAAUUGGGAAAGAAGAGGAACUUUCGGAUGUAGUAACUGUGGAGAAACCACACAUGCAUAUGCUAAUUGUCCAAAAGUAAGAUGCGGAGAAUGCGGAGAUCUUGGACAUAUUAAAAAAUUCUGUAGGAAUAAAAAAUGUGAUAAGUGUGGAGAAACAGGGCAUAUCAGAAAAGAUUACUGGAAAGAUGACGGAUGGCAUCGGCCAGGAGAUUAUGACAAAAUAAUAGUAAGAAGAUCGGAAGGAAAAUUACCAACAUUACCAAAUGAAAUUAUUGAAGAAAUAUUAUUAUAUAACGAAAACCAAUAUGAUAAGGAAGGAAGGAAAGAAAUACUAAAAUAUAGAAGAUUAUCAAAAGGAUGGAAUGAAUACCUUAAGAAAUUCAAUGACUUCUCAUUAGUAGAAAGAGAAUAUUGCAUAUUGAAAGAAAAAUUCAAAAAGAAACAAUCAUGUUUAUGUAAUAUAGAUCAAAACGGACACUUAGGAGAAAAAUGUGACCACUGCAUGAAAUAUCUCAAAUUCCUAAAUUUUGAAGAAAAAUUGAUAAUGAAUAAACAACCAGGAUACGGAUCAUGGACCAUAAGAGAAAUAAUAGAAAACAUCAGAUAUCAUAAAACUACCAAUAGUCACGCAAGAAAUUGUAGAACAUGUAAUAUAUUAAAAGAAAGAUUAGACGAGAUAAGAGAAAAAGAUAAUAAAUAUUAUUAA